AUGAAAGGUGCUCUUUUGCUUGCAUGAAUAAUAGUCAGCUUGGCAAAUCAAAAAUGCAUGGAAGCAAUUGAAGAGAGAUUUAACCAGACAAUGCUUACUCUUUUUAAUAAGAAUAACUAUCCUCACAGUGUUGAAAUGUUUUUAUUUAACGGGAAAGGAUUGAAUGAUUUAGGCCACUAUAGAAGUUGUCUUAGGCAAAACAAUAAUUAUUUUCUAUUACGUCAUCAAACACAAGGAAGAAUAUACAUGGGGCUAUGUGUCCCUCAAGAAUGCUCACAAAGCCAAACUGAGCAAGCGGUAUUCUCAUUAUUGAAUUAUAACCCUGAAAAUAGUGAUUUUGAGCUCUCUGUGCAGUCUGGAUUUGAUAAUCCUCUUACUCCCCUUCUGUGAAUGAGCAAAAUUGUUUGCUCACUCACUGCGGGGAUUUUUUUUAAUAAAUUUAUAUAUAGAUUUGAAAGUAAAAUUCUUUAAAAUUUAAAAAACCUCAAUUCAACAAAAAAAUUUUUAAAAUUUAAGUUUUCGAAGCUUUGUGCUUAAAAUUAACAGAAUUAGCUCAAGAUUUAUUACUUAUAUAAUUAAAACUUUUACUCACUCACGUAGGGAUUUAUCCAGCUGUUUUCCUCACUUAUGCAGGGGAAGUUAGCAUAGCUGGUUGGUUAACUCUUACUUUUCUUAUAGCAUGGGUAGGAUUUUGUAUUGCUGCAAGCUAUCUAUCUAAAAGUUCUAAUGACAAGUUAAGUGAUAAAAAUGAAAGACAAUCGACAUAUAACGUAAUACUCAAUUGUUGCUCUUUAUCUUCAAAUUAUGCACGCUUGGUAAAACAAAGAGUUUUAAAAAAGGGUGAUAACUUAUCUAUACUGGAUUCUUUAAGAUUUUUUAUGAUCAAUUGGGUUAUCGUUGGGCAUGCUUUUACUUUUUACCACUUUAAAGUGAUUACAAAUCUGAUGGAGUCUCCAGAUAUUGCGUCUCAGCUCUGGGUGGCAAUAAUGUAUGGAGGCUACUAUUCAGUUGAUUCCUUUUUCUUUAUUGGAGGACUUCUUACAGGAUAUUUAAUAUUAAAGACUUUAGAAGCUAAAAGAGGACAUUUGGGCGUUGGCGGAUGGAAAUAUUUAAAUAUCCAUCGGUAUUUAAGAAUAAUUCCUCUUUAUGGAUUCUUAAUGAUUUUUUACAAUUUCGUGAUUAUAUCAUUAGGAAAUGGCCCAUUAUGGUCUACUACAGCAAGACUUAACAACCAAUGCGACUCAUAUUGGUGAACAAAUUUUCUUUUUUUAAAUAACUUUAUUCCAAAUGGCAAAGGCAAUGGAUGCUUUGGAGUUGGAUGGUACUUAGCUAAUGACAUGCAAUUUUUCUGGCUUGGUCAACUGCUUAUUAUAUUAUAUUACAAUGCUGCAAAAUGGCUAGCAUGGGUAAUUAAUCUCCUUCUGGUUAUAGCUGGACUAGCAAUUGGAAUUUCUCUAGCUGCAGAAAAUCACUUCUAUGUGAAUGUUGCAGACCCCAAAAUGAAUGUUGACCUCUGGUUUUACUGGUACUACACCAAGCCAUACAUACGAUUUUUACCUUACUUUUUAGGAGUAUGGAUUGGGUUUAUAUAUUUAAGAUAUUACAAAAAUUAUGUGACUAAAGAAGAAGACACUUAUCCGGAUCCUUUUUGCAAUGGUAUCAUCAAAAUUAUCAGAGAUACAAAGUUCGGCGCAAUCAUUAGCUUUUUAAUGGGAUGGAUCACAGUUUUAUUCUUUAUUUUGAUUCAAAAGCAAGUAUAUAAUGACAUAACAAACAGCUAUAUUUGAACUGAUGGAGAAAAUGCUGUAUUUCAAGGCUCAUGCAGACUAGGAUAUACUAUUGGGUUGGCUAUGAUUUUAUUGCCUCUUCUUUUUGGAAGGCUCAGAUUCGUUGCAAAGAUAUUAUCACUUAGCUUCUGGGAACCCUUAGGAAAACUCAGCUUCGCAGUAUUUCUAGGGCACAUUGGCUUGCUCACAGCCUUUUAUGGUAACUCAGAAGGCUCUGCAAUCCUAAGCGGAAUAUAUUGUUUCAAAGAUUUUAUCUUUCUAGCUGCUGCAUCAUGGGCAUUUGCAUUAUUCCUCUUCUUAUUUGUUGAAAUGCCUUGCGCAAGAUUAGAAGGAUUAUUGUGGAGAAAGAAAGCCUAA